AGCAUAGUUCAAAAAUUGUUUUGUAAACUAUAAAAGUACACCGAGUAAGAAACAAAAACUGGCAAUUAAAUAAAAAAAUUCAAAAACUGUGUUUAGAAUUUUUAUUUUUUUUUAUAUUUAUAAUUUUGAGUUUAUUUGGGAGACUUGGUGCUCCUAAACGUCGAUGCCCAGCGUUAAAGAUGAAUCUGAGCCCGAAGGCGAAGAAAUGUCACACGACAGUAAUAACAGUGACCAAAGUUCAGCGUCCUGUGACAGCAGUGCAGAUCACAGUGACAGCGAUGACUCCUCGGAGAUGGAUGAGGAUGAGUGUGAGAGGCGAAGGAGCGAAUGUAUGGAAAAUUUGGUCGACUUAGAGAGACAGUUUACUCUGCUGAAAGAACAGUUGUACAGAGAAAGAAUUACUCAGGUGGACACAAAAUUAAGCGAAGUGAAAGUGGGAAAGUCAGAAGAGUAUCUGAUGCCUUUGGAGCUUUUGAACCAAAAUAUGAAAACAAGGACAGAAGUAGCGGGAAUUCUUAAACAGUUAAGAUUACAAAAUAUUGAAAAUCAGUUUCACGCCGAAGAGCAGGCGGCCAAACAGAAUUUUGAAAGCGAGAAAAGACUCGUGUGGGAAGCUAUUUAUAAUGAUCUUCAGGGCAAAAUCCGCAGGCUGGAGGAAGACCGCAAUAAUGUAGACAUUAAUGAGGACUUGAUGUUUAACUCCAGCAGCAGAAGGCGUCGAAAUCACACGGACAGACGCAGAGCGGUUUCAGUAACCGGACCUUACAUUGUCUAUAUGCUCAACGACUCAGAGAUCCUCGAGGACUGGGCGUUGAUUAAAAAGAGCUUGAGCAUUCGGAAAGCUGAGAUUCUUUGAGACAAAUUGUCACCAUUUUUGUUCAGUAUUUGAAGAAUUGUUAUUGAAAAACAUUUUUCAAAACGUUUCAACUGAGCUCAUGUUAUUUUAAAAUUGAUAUACAUAUGAAAAUAAA